ACUCGGUGUAAACCACGAAGUCAGCGCUGUUCAGCAGCUCAGCAACUCAGUGCUGCCGGCGACCGAAAAAGGGUAAAGUGAUAUGGCCAGAAAACAAUGACGACACUUAUCGCUAGAGGAUUGUCGUGUUGCCGUGGCACGUUGCAGCGGUUCUCCCUACAAGGACCGGUGGCCCGAGUUGCAUCACAAGGAUUCAAAGGAUUCCCGCGAUUAGCUUCCCAGCACCCGCGAAGUCUCCUCAGUUCGACGGCGGCUGGAGCGAACAAAAAACCGGAACACUGCAACGUCGGAACGAUCGGCCAUGUGGAUCACGGUAAAACCACCCUCACGGCGGCGAUCACGAAGGUGCUAUCGAAGGACGGAGACACGAGCUACGUUUCCUACGACCAGAUCGAUCGAGCACCGGAGGAAAAGGCCCGAGGAAUAACGAUCAAUGCAGCGCACAUAGGCUACAAGACCGCAAAACGGCACUACGCGCACACGGACUGUCCGGGCCAUGCGGAUUAUGUAAAGAAUAUGAUCUCCGGAGCGUCCCAGAUGGAUGGCGCGAUACUGGUGGUAGCGGCCACCGAUGGCCAGAUGCCACAGACACGCGAACACCUGCUGCUGGCACGCCAGGUCGGCGUUAGCAAGAUCGUAGUAUUCAUCAAUAAGGCUGAUCAGGUCGACAACGAAGUACUGGAGCUGGUGGAGAUAGAGCUACGGGAACUGUUGACCGAUUUUGGGUUCGAUGGUUUAGAAAGCCCCAUCAUCAUCGGCUCUGCUCUGCUAGCGCUGCAAGGGGAUCAGUCGGAACUGGGCGAACCUUCGAUUCGUCGGUUGAUGGACGCGAUUGAUGCGUACAUUCCGACACCGACACGUGAUCUUACCUCACCGUUUCUGCUACCGAUCGAUAACGCGUUCACUGUGCCGGGCAGGGGAACGGUCGUGGUAGGCACACUUGCACGCGGUACUAUGAGAAAGAACGAUGAAGCCGAGUUGCUCGGGUUCGACGAAGAAAUCCGUACCACCGUCGGUGGGAUGCAGGUCUUCAAGAAGGAUGUCUCGGAGGCCAAGGCUGGCGAUAAUAUAGGAACGUUGUUACGUGGCGUCAAACUGCAGACGGUUCAGCGCGGUAUGCUGCUUUGUGCGGCGGGCAGUGAACGUGUUUCGAACCACUUCGAUGCCUCCAUGUAUCUGCUGGCCCGGAACGAGGGUGGCCGAUCGAAACCCCUUACCUCCAAGUACAUUCAGCAGCUAUUUAGCAAAACGUGGAACGUGCCCUGCCGGGUGGAUCUAGUCGGGCAAGACAUGCUGAUGCCCGGUGAUCACGGGGCCAUCAAGCUUACGCUACUUCGGAAGAUGGUCAUGUCGUCCGGCCAAUCGUUUACGGUGCGCGAGAACGGUAAAACCGUUGCCACGGGGCUAGUCACGAAGGUGCUGGAUCCGGUUAAUUUACCGCAGAAAAAACUAAUUAAGCUAGAGUUGGGAUCGUAGUUUGCUGUACUGAAAUGCAGAAGUUAACGUAAAGACCACGA